AUGUUACGGAUGUUCUUUUUUCUCAUCAUGCUUAUUCAACCUCUUUCAACUUAUGAAAUAUUUAAAUUUACCGUUAAAGAAAAAUCUCCAAUAAAUACAUUAAUUGCUGAUUUAUCAUAUGAAUUAAAAAUACAAAAUUUAGCAUUAUAUUCAUUAAAUGAAUUAAUACCAAUAAAUAAAAAUUUAAUAACAAUUAAUAAUCAAACUGGUCAUUUAACAACUAUGUCAAUUAUUGAUCGUGAUCAAAUGUGUAUUCAACAACAAUGUUCAUGUAAAUCAUGUGAAAUUAUUUUUCAACUUACUAUUCAAAUUCAACAAACAAUUAUUUAUAAAAUAAUCGAAAUUAAAAUUGAAGAUCGAAAUGAUCAUUCACCUAUAUUCGAUAAUCAAUCAAUGAUACAUAUCAUACAUAUCAAAGAAAAUGUGCCUUUAGGCUAUCGAAUUGUUUUACCAAUUGCAAAUGAUCCUGAUGAGGGAUUGAAUAGUGUACAAUCAUAUAGUCUUGAUGGUAUUAAUUCUGAUGAUUUUGAUGUAGAUUAUUCUUCAAUUGAUAUACCAUAUUUAAUUGUACGUUCAUCACUUGAUCAUCAACGUAUAUCAUCAUAUUCUUUAACAUUAAUUGCAUCUGAUAAUAAUCAACAAUCGAAAUCACGUUCAGGUUCAAUACAACUUACUAUACGUAUUAUCAAUGAUUCAAUGCCAACAUUUCUUCAAUCUGUUUAUACGAUUGAUAUACGUGAAGAUACAAUAAUAGGAACAAAUCUAUUAAAAAUUGAAGCAAUUAGUGAUAAUAAUAAACAAAUUUUUUAUGAACUUUUAACUGAAUCACCAUUUAUUAUUGAUCGUCUAACAGGAAAUAUUCAAUUACGAAAAUUAUUAGAUUAUGAAAGAGAGAAAUCUUAUCGAUUAAUAAUUAAAGCUUAUGAAAAUUUAAUACCUACUUAUGCAAUUAUAUUUAUUCGUGUUAUUGAUAUUAAUGAUAAUCCUGUUGUAAUUCAUAUUAAAGUUGAAGGAAAUACAACAUUAAAACAAACACAUAAUGAUAAAAAUGUUCUUUUUAUUCCUGAAGAUACAUUAGUUGGCACAACAUUGACACAUGUUACUCUUACAGAUCUUGAUUCAUACGUUAAUGGAAAUCCAUAUUUACAAUUAACAACAAUUCAACCUCCAUUACCAUUCAUUUAUAAAUUAAUCUAUCAAAAUAAUUUUCAAAAUUUUAAACUUUAUUCUUUAAUUCUUCAUACUAACCUUGAUCGUGAGUUAAAAUCAAUCUAUAAUAAUAUUCAAUUAAUUGCUCAUGAUUCUGGUACACCAACAUUACAUACAAAAUUAUCAAUUUUAUUAAAUAUAACUGAUAUUAAUGAUUGUAUACCACAAAUUCUAACAAAUUCAACAAUUUAUGAUAUCAAUGAAAAUGAUCCUAUUGGUCUUAUUCUUGAUACAUUAACUGCAUAUGAUUGUGAUUUAGGUAUAAAUGCUGAAUAUGAAUAUUCUAUAUUAAAUACAACUGAUUUAUUAGUUAUUAAUGCUCGUACAGGACAAUUAAGUUUAAAUCAAUCGAUUGAUUUUGAAAAAUUUCAUCAACAAAAAAAUCUUACAACUAUUAAUUUAGAAUAUUAUAUUCAAGUUAAAGAUCAUGGUCAACCAUCAUUAUCAAGUCAAAUAAAACUAAUUCUUCGUAUUCAUGAUUUAAAUGAUAAUUCACCUAUAUUCGAUGUAAAUCAAUCAUAUAAUUGGACAUUUCCACAUGUAUUACUUCAAACAAAUUCAAUUCUUGGUCGUAUUUUAGCUUAUGAUAAUGAUUCAGGUUUACAAGGCAUUGUACAUUAUUCAAUACGUUCAUUUGAUUCAUGUUUAAUAUUAGAUAUAACAUCUCUUGGUUAUAUUUAUAUUCAAUCACAAAAAUCUUGUUCAUAUUUAUCCUAUAUUUUUGAAAUAACAGCAAAUGAUUAUGGUCUACCCAAUUCACGUUUAACAAAACAAUUAUUAACGAUUAAUAUUGAUUCAAAUUCAUUAUUAAUUCAUUCAUUACCACAACUUUUAUCUUUAUCAAUUCAUCGAACAAUUGUUGAUAUUAAUUCUAUUGGUAAUAUUUCAUUUAUUAUUGAUAUAACAAAUAAUCAUUCAAUACAACCAAAAGUUUAUUUGAAUAAUACGGAUUUAUUAACAUGUUGGAAUAUAAGUUCAACCGGUGAAGUUCGUCUUAUAGCUCGACCAUUUGCAUCAUCAUAUAUUUUAUCAUUAAAUAUUAUUGAUGAAUAUAUAGAAGAGAAUUUUUUUCUAAAAUUUCAAAUUGAUAUAUGUAAUAGUACAAUGAAAAAUUCAUGUCAACAAUUACUAAUCUAUGAUGAUAAGAAAGAUAAUCAAAUAUUACUUUUUUGGACAAUUUCUUUAGCAUUAAUGAUAACAUGUUUAUGCGUAUUUAUAUUUUCAAUAAUAACAUGUUUAUGUUGUCGAAAACAACCGAAAGAUAAGAAAUUAUCAAGUAACCAACAAAAUUUUCUACAACGUAAUGAAGAUUUUCAAAGUGAUAGGACUUUUAAAAGUUCAUCGGCUUCAACUAUUCGAGAAGAUGAUCGAGAUUCAGCAUGUAUUAUCAAUUCGACAUUAUCAUCGAAUGUAAUGCCAGUACGAACAAAUUCGUGGUAUCAAAAUCGACGGGAAUUAUCAAAUGUACAAACGUAUCAAUCGAAAACUUGUUUUUAUGAUAUAAAAAUAGCAGAAUUAAUACGUAAUAAUCAACAUCCAGCAUGUGUAUUUUUAAAUCCUAAACCAUCUCAAUCAAUAAGUACUGAUUAUGGAUUUGGUAGUUCAGAUGUUUCUCCAUCAUCAACAUCAUGUUCUUUAACAAAAUUAAAUAAUUUAAAUGUUAAUACACUUGAAUGGAAUUAUGAAAUGAUUACUGAUCAAUCACCACCACCACCAUCAUCACGGCCGAUGAACAAAAAUAGUUUUAUUUCAACUCAUGAAUGUGUUGUUUAA